GCGCUGCGCCGCCCGCCCCAUUGCUGCCCGCUGGCCGCUUCCAGCCUUCGCCGAGAGGUACCCGGGGAUGACAGCUCCGGGACCGGCCCAAAGGCGAGGAACCGGCUAGAGCCUGCCCCAUCAAGAAGAUCCCUACCAGUCAUUUCUCAACAAUUAUAUAGUCAACUGAUGUAACAAUGGUACUAAUAUUGGGACGCAGACUAAACAGAGAGGAUCUUGGGGUGCGUGAUUCCCCAGCAACUAAGCGUAAAGUUUUUGAAAUGGACCCCAAAUCUUUGACAGGUCAUGAGUUUUUUGACUUCUCUUCAGGAUCAUCCCAUGCUGAAAACAUCCUCCAGAUAUUUAAUGAAUUCCGAGACAGCCGCUUAUUUACUGAUGUAAUCAUCUGCGUGGAAGGAAAAGAGUUUCCUUGCCACAGAGCAGUCCUCUCAGCCUGUAGUAGCUACUUCAGAGCCAUGUUUUGUAACGACCACAGGGAGAGCCGAGAGAUGUUGGUGGAAAUCAAUGGUAUUUUAGCUGAAGCCAUGGAAUGUUUUCUACAGUAUGUGUAUACUGGAAAGGUGAAGAUCACUACAGAGAAUGUCCAGUAUCUCUUUGAGACCUCAAGCCUCUUUCAGAUUAGUGUUCUCCGUGAUGCGUGUGCCAAGUUCUUGGAGGAGCAACUUGAUCCUUGUAAUUGCUUAGGGAUCCAGCGCUUUGCUGACACCCAUUCUCUCAAAACACUCUUCACAAAGUGCAAGACCUUUGCAUUACAGACUUUUGAGGAUGUGUCCCAGCAUGAAGAAUUUCUUGAGCUCGACAAAGAUGAACUCAUUGAUUAUAUUUGUAGUGAUGAACUUGUCAUUGGUAAAGAGGAGAUGGUUUUUGAAGCCGUCAUGCGUUGGGUCUAUCGCGCUGUUGAUCUGAGAAGACCACUGUUACACGAGCUCCUGACACACGUGAGACUCCCUUUGUUGCAUCCCAACUACUUCGUUCAAACAGUUGAGGUGGACCAAUUGAUCCAGAACUCUCCCGAGUGUUAUCAGUUGUUGCAUGAAGCAAGACGGUACCACAUACUCGGCAAUGAAAUGAUGUCCCCAAGGACUAGGCCACGCAGGUCCACUGGCUACUCAGAGGUGAUAGUUGUUGUUGGAGGCUGUGAACGAGUCGGAGGAUUUAAUCUUCCAUACACUGAGUGCUAUGAUCCUGUAACAGGAGAAUGGAAGUCUUUGGCUAAGCUUCCAGAAUUUACCAAAUCAGAGUAUGCAGUUUGUGCCCUAAGGAAUGACAUUCUUGUUUCAGGUGGAAGAAUCAAUAGUCGUGAUGUCUGGAUUUAUAAUUCACAGUUAAAUAUUUGGAUCAGAGUUGCCUCUCUAAAUAAAGGCAGAUGGCGUCACAAAAUGGCUGUCCUCCUUGGUAAAGUUUAUGUUGUUGGAGGCUAUGAUGGGCAAAACAGACUAAGCAGCGUAGAGUGUUACGAUUCCUUUUCAAAUCGCUGGACUGAAGUUGCUCCCCUUAAGGAAGCAGUGAGCUCUCCUGCAGUGACUAGCUGUAUAGGCAAAUUGUUUGUGAUUGGUGGAGGACCUGAUGAUAAUACUUGUUCUGAUAAGGUUCAAUCUUAUGAUCCAGAAACCAAUUCUUGGCUACUUCGUGCAGCUAUCCCAAUUGCCAAAAGGUGUAUAACAGCUGUAUCCUUAAACAACCUGAUCUAUGUUGCUGGUGGACUGACCAAGGCAAUAUACUGUUAUGAUCCAGUUGAAGACUACUGGAUGCAUGUACAGAAUACAUUCAGCCGGCAGGAAAACUGUGGUAUGUCUGUGUGUAAUGGUAAAAUAUAUAUCCUGGGUGGAAGACGGGAAAAUGGAGAAGCCACAGACACUAUUCUCUGUUAUGAUCCUGCGACAAGUAUCAUCACAGGGGUAGCUGCAAUGCCCAGGCCGGUGUCCUAUCAUGGCUGUGUGACUAUUCAUAGAUACAAUGAGAAAUGCUUUAAGCUCUAAAGCCAGGAUACCUCAGCCAAGAAGCCACACCAAUCCAAGACAAGAGGUUUUAAAAACUCCCGAUUGGGAACUUGACUUAUCUCUUUAGUGCCAAUAUGCAAAAGAUUUUAAAAAAUAAUAAUAAUAAUCCUGAUGCCUUGUUCCCCAAAAUAUCAAUCUUUCAGACUGUAAUAAAGCCUUUCCUGUAACUGAAAAAAA